GGGCGGUGGGAGGGCUCCGCUCAUGCUCCCUCGCUCCGGGGCAGCUCCGCGCGGUGACUCAUCGCGGGACGUGGAAAACACGCGCGCGGACGCAGACGCGCCCGGAGGAGCGGGGGCAGCGCCGGCCGCCAGCCCGCAGGUCCAGCAGCGCUUGGCAUGUGGGCAUGGAGGGGCAGCAUGAGCACCCGCAGCACCUGGGGGACCAGACCAGCGCGCUCUGCAAGCUGCCAGGCCAGGACUUCCAGCACGACCCGCAGAGACAUUUAACGUCGUACCCGUAUCGCUGCACACUGGCAGACUUUCAGAUAGAGAAGAAGAUCGGGCGAGGACAGUUCAGUGAAGUUUACAAAGCAACUUGUCUUCUGGACAGAAAACCUGUGGCGUUAAAGAAAGUUCAGAUUUUUGAAAUGAUGGAUGCCAAGGCUAGGCAAGAUUGCAUUAAAGAGAUUGACCUCUUGAAGCAACUGAACCACCCCAAUAUAAUUAAAUAUUUGGAUUCUUUCAUUGAAGACAAUGAACUUAACAUUGUCCUGGAGCUGGCAGAUGCUGGUGAUCUCUCCCAGAUGAUAAAGUAUUUUAAGAAGCAGAAACGGUUAAUCCCAGAAAGGACGGUGUGGAAAUAUUUUGUGCAGCUAUGCAGUGCGGUUGAACACAUGCACUCCCGCAGGGUGAUGCACAGAGACAUAAAACCAGCCAACGUGUUUAUAACAGCCACAGGGGUGGUGAAGCUGGGAGAUCUUGGAUUAGGCCGGUUUUUUAGUUCUAAAACCACUGCAGCACAUUCCUUAGUGGGAACUCCAUACUAUAUGUCCCCAGAAAGAAUACAUGAAAACGGCUAUAACUUUAAAUCCGAUAUCUGGUCUUUGGGCUGUUUGCUGUAUGAAAUGGCAGCUCUUCAGAGUCCUUUCUAUGGAGAUAAAAUGAACCUGUUUUCUCUUUGCCAAAAAAUAGAGCAAUGUGACUACCCGCCUCUUCCAGCUGAACAUUAUUCUGAGAAGCUCCGGGAGCUGGUCAGCAUGUGCAUAUAUCCUGAUCCAGAUCAAAGACCCGACAUUGGUUACGUGCACCAAAUAGCGAAACAAAUGCACGUUUGGACCUCCAGCACCUGAACCAUCUGCAGACACUCUCAAAAGCCAGCACAGCUUAGUCUUACUUGAAUUUUUUUUCUCAGAUGAAACCGACUGGUGCCUAGUCAGCAAGCGAGGGGAGCACUCGUAGCAGGAUGCUCCAUUAUUUCUGCAGGUUAUUUGACAAGGACUCUUACAAGGUGGUCAUGCUUUAAAGUGAAGAUUCUGUGAGGUAUUGCAAGUGAUUUUUUUUUUUAAGCCAAUAAGAUGUUACAGGUGUAGAUCAUUUAAGGGUCUUUUCUUAAACUGUCGUGUGUAAUCUAGGAUAGAUGAUAUUAACCGGGGUGUCAGCGUUGGGCACUCCUCCUCUAUCUUAACUGUAAUGUGAAAUAUUGAAAUAAUUCCUUCAGUGAAAUCACUUUAUACUAAUGUAAGAAUUACAGUAGGUUUUGUGUCGUUUGUAUAACUGCUACUUCGCCUCUUCUGCAAAUGGUUUAUAGCAAAUUUCAGUUUUUACUUUGUGUAUUUUAAAGCAGCCAUUUAUGUAUUUUUAUUAAUUCCCUCCUUCAGAUUUAGAAUGGGGAGCGGUUUGGGGGGUGGGAGGGGGUAAAAAUGCAUUUAUUUCAUGACUUUUUUUUUUUUUUUUUUUUAACUGAAAACUUAGAGUCUUUUGCUGAUGCAUUUAGCUGUUAACUCAGCCACUGAACUGAAUUCAGUGUACAGCUGGGGAAGAAAACCCACAAAUCCUGUGCAAACCACUCCACAGAAACGUGCUUCAGCAGGGCCUUUGUGAGCACCUGACUGUCACGACUUGAGACUGCAGGUUGCUAUAAAAGCAGUGUUUCUCUGCCCCAGCUGGAUUUUUGGGAAGAUGCUUGUACACGUGCAGUAGUGUGUUAGGUACCAGUAGGCAGAACUUUACACAAAGCAGUGUUUGAAACUCUUUGAGACAUACAGAAACCAAGUCAGUCCAACGCUCUGCGUGGCCAAUUCCACACCAGGAUCAGCCCCGUCUACUUAACUGUGAAAGCUGAUUUAGAAUGUGAAUUUUUAUAAAAAUCUCAAGCUGAUUAGAGGGGGUCAUCUUCUUAAAUUAAAACUUUAAACCAACUAAA